UCAAUUGCUUUGCUGUUCUCCGCGUUUAUUUGUUGAAAAAAGCCGAAAACACUGAAGUUGUGAGAAAUACAAGUAUUUAGUUGCAUUAUGAAUCAAAUGGGACAACCAAUGAACCAAACUAUUAACGUGGAGCAGUUAAAUUCUGCAUUGGGCUCCCUUAGAACUUUACGAUCAAGUGUAAGUCAUGUUUUCGAGACAUUAUCAAAUGGUUUACGAGCCGAACACGGCGAAGAUGGCAAAGAUAAGUUCCUGUUAGAACUUCAAGAGCUUCUCAACAACGUUAACAUCAAUCUGCGAGACUUGGAGCAGACGGUAAAUAAUCUACCGAUACCUACCGCGCCUUUCAAUCUCGGCAACACAACUUUCCUAAGCCAGGAGACAACACAGGAUCGCCAAGCACUAUACACGCAAUUAGUAAACAGCUACAAAUGGACAGAUAAAAUCCAUGAGUAUAGCUCUUUCGCUCACACUUUAUUGAGCCAAAAUUCAUUGAAACGGUCCUAUAUAAACUCUGGUAGUACUAAACGCAGAGGUAAGCUACAGAGCAAUCACAACGUAGCUCCGAUACAGGUCGACAAUGUCAUCAACAACAUUGACCGGUCCUACAAUGACAUGAAGAUAACAAUCUCUCGCCCAUUCGCAAGUAAUGCUGUCGUCCAGAUAAACUUAAGCCAUGUGCUAAAAGCUGUUGUAGCUUUUAGAGGAUUAUUAAUGGAAUGGGUGAUGGUAAAAGGUUAUGGUGAGACACUUGACCUGUGGACCGAAUCAAGGCAUCAUGUCUUCCGUAAAGUAACAGAAAAUGCUCAUGCUGCUAUGUUGCAUUUCUACUCCCCAACAAUGCCAGAAUUAGCUGUACGGUCAUUUAUGACUUGGCUGCACAGUUAUGUGAAUCUCUUCAGUGAACCGUGUAAGAGAUGUAGCUGUCAUCUUCACCACACAUCGCUCCUACCACCGGCGUGGCGUGAUUUCCGCACGUUGGAACCUUUUCACGAUGAGUGCAAGCAAUAGUCUUUGUGGUAUUGAAUGGGAAAGCGUUAAUAGUAUUUACGGUUUCUCCUUCAAUAUUCAAUGACAUUCAAGGACUUUAAAGUGAAUUACAGUUGGAAAGUAAGGCCUAAUUUGGUUUAUCAUUUGCCAACUUAGUGCAUUGCUUUACUACAAACUGAUUGUCGAAAUAGUUUUUAAGUUAAGUAAACUAGAUUAGGUUAAAGGUUAAAAUAGUGUAUUUAUUUAUUAUCUAAUUCUAUUUUGGAUAAGAUAAUGAUUGUUUCAUAUUUGCCUGUCAACAACACUUCCCCCUCACUUUGGGUCAAAAAAAUUAUUAGAUGUCUAUUUAAUAGCAUUGUGAUUUUCAUUC